AUGGCGGUGUGUGAGGGAGGGUCUCGGUGGGGGGGCAGACAGCUGCUGCAGCACUUUCACCAUCGCCUUAAACUCAAUUUGCUUCCAGCAGAAGACGCAGCACUUGCGAGAGCAGUAAAGGCGCAUCAGCUGCAGCAGCUGCAGCAGCAGCAGCAGCAACAACAACAACAACAAAAUAAAAUUAGAGGGCAGCCAGCAUUCGCCUUUCCGUCUCUGUCUCCAGAAGAAACAGACGCCUUGGUUGCUGCUGCUGCUGUGCAGCAGCAGCAACAGCAACAGAAGCAGCAUCUGCUGCUGCAGCCGCUUCCUCGCGAACAUUUGUCGGAGAGCUUGAGGGAAGAUUUGAAGCACCUGGGCUGGGGCCCUGUUGCUGCCAGUUCUGCUGCUGCUGCCUCUCCUGCUACUUCUGCAGCAGCAGCAGCAGCAGCAGAGUGCGUAUCUCCAGCGAACUCGAACGACAAUAUUUCGGUAGCGGCAGCGGCAACUGCAGCAACGGAAGCAGCAGAUGCUGCAGCAGAAACAGCAACAGCAGCUGAGCAGCACAGCGACAUUGACACGGCUCUCACUACUCAGCAGCAGCAGCAGCAGCAGGAACAGCAGCAGCAGCAGCAAGAACAGGAGCAGCAAAUGCUACUAUUGAAGGAAAAGAUAGCGCGCUUGGAGCUGCAGCAGCAGCUGCAGCAGCGGGAGAGUGCAGCAGCAGCUGCUGCUGCUGCAGCACUGCAGCAGCAAGUGCAACGGCUGCUUCAGGACAAUCGAUUUUUACGCAUGCAUUUCCGUAGGGGAUUUCUCUUCAACUCAGAGCAGCAGCAGCAGCAACAGCCGCAGCAGCAGCAGCAACAGCAGCAGCAGCAGCAGCAAGACAGCUACGCGGGGUCCACGCUCUGCAGCACAGAUUUGCUGCAGCAGAAACUGGCGGUGUAUAGACAGCAGCUGCUGCUGCUGUACGAAGAAAACCAAAGGCUAAAGAAUAAAAUAGCAGCAGCAACAGCAGCGACAACGGCAGCAACAACUGCAGCAGCAACAACUGUAGCAGCGACCACUGCAGCAGCAACAACUGCAGCAGCAACUGCAGCAUCAGCAGCAACAGCAGCCGCAGCCACAGCCACCCGCCAGUAG